UGGGACGCUCAACAUUUAGUCGGUCAUCGGCGAUACGCGUGUGUAGUAAUACUAUUGAGCGAUUAGCGCGCAGCAUGAGUAGCUCUAGCUCCGCGUGUUAUAACGGACGAUCAUUAGAGCUUGAGUAGCGGCGCGUUAUCUGUGUUCAUACGUCACUUUAGAAGGCGUAUUGGCGCAUGCGCGUUGUGUUGUAAAUAAAGGUGACAUUGCAAAAAGGUGAAAAAGUGAUUAUCACCACAAUUGUGAAUAAAAAAGUGUUUGUGCCGUGACAAUAUAAUAUAUGUGCUUAAACUUUAAACUGCCCCAAGAACAAUAAUUAUAAAAUAAUGAGCUUCACAUUGCUACCAACUAACGCCUAUCAUGUACGACCCGCCUGCUCGCUGUUUCGCGUGCAGUUGCACAUACUCUUCGGUUUUGUGUUGGGCUUUCUGAUGGCGCUAGGCACACUACUGCUAUACAAUCACUAUCAAAUGGAGACCGUACAACAGCGGCAACACACCACUGCCACCGAGUACUGGCAAACGGGUUACAUGAUGGCCUUGCAGGAGGUGGCAACCGAGGCCGAUACAGUGCAACAACAACUCAACGAGCGCGUGCGUGUGCUCUGCAUGGUGUUGACAUCGCCCAGUCAGCAUGCCAGUCAUGCGCAGCAUGUGAAAGCCACUUGGGGCAAACGUUGCACGCGCUUGUUGUUCUUGAGCAGCGAGGAGGAUGUGGAGUUGGGCGCUGUGCCGGUGGUGGAAAGUGAAGCGGACACUUAUGAUGAUUUGUGGAAUAAGACACGCGAGGGUUUCCGCCAUGUGUAUGAGCGUUAUUUCGAUGAUUAUGAUUGGUUCGUCAAGGCAGACGAUGAUACUUACAUGGUUAUGGAGAACUUACGUUACAUGCUCUACGCGUAUUCUCCGGAGCUGCCAAUAUACUUCGGCUAUCAGUUAGUGCGUUAUGGUGUGCCUUAUAUGUCCGGUGGCGCCGCCUAUGUGCUCAGCAAAGAGGCGCUACGUCGCUUUAUGACUCAAGCCUUUGAUAACGCCACACUCUGCCCGCGUCCACAUAAAUUUGGCAUUGAAGAUUUUUACAUGGGUGUUUGUUUGCAAAAUGUAGGCGUACAACUCGCCGAUGCCAGAUUCGCGGUGAGCGGUGAUAAUAAACCAAAAUUCAUGCCGCUCGAUCUGCACACCUACAUGGCCACCGACAAUACAACGGAGAUCUCCGAAUGGCUGCUUACCAUGACACCGCAUCCAGUUGAGCGUGGCUUAAAUUGUUGUUCGAACUACUCGAUUGCCUUCCACUAUACCAGUCCAUGGCGCAUGUACAUGUAUGAGUACUUCAUUUAUCAUUUUCGUGCCUUCGGUGUGCAACAUCAGGCGAACGCUUUGCCGGUACAGCUGUCGACGGAGGAGGUGACUCGCUUGUUUCCCAGCAAUUACAGCGCCGACGACGGGCCAUUAGUGGAUCUAGCUACACAAAAUCUACCGGAUAAUUUUUAGUUGUAGCCCUUAAAUUGUGAUAGUAUUGAAUGUUAUUAUGGCAUGUUAUUAAUUAUUUAUUAAGUGAAUAGAUGUAUUUAUUAUGAUUUCAAGUUGUUUUAUAUACAUGUACAAGGCGUUACGAACAUAUGUAUUUAAAUUAAUAAAUAUGAAG